UUCAACCCCAAAAUAACAUUUGCCUUUUAAAUGUGGGUCAUAAUGGGGGACUUGUGGAAGUGUAAUGCUUGACCUAUCCUCCUUGUGCUGGAAGUAGUUGGGCUGCUCGGAGCUAUUGGGUUGGCCUCUGAUCCCGGACCGGUGCAGAGACUGCGGAGUCAGGGGAAUGGAGCCGCGGAGCUCCACGCCGCAUCGCCGAAGGCCCGGCCACUCGGUGCCGCUCAGCAGCCCGAGCCCGGUUCGCCUGAGCCGGCUGCAGGAGAAGGAGGAACUACAGCAGCUGAACGACCGCUUGGCCGCCUGCAUCGAGCAGAACUGCCGUCUGGAGGCGGAGAAGGAGGCUCUGCGGCGGCAGCUCGCCGAGUGCCGGGAGGAGGACAGCUCCCAGUUCCGCAACACCCGCCGCCUCUUGGAGACCCAGCUGGCCGACUCCAGGCAGCAGCUGGACACCACAGCCGCCGAGCGGGCCCGGCUGCAGGUGGAGCUGGGCAGGCUCCGCGAGGAGAACCGCAAGCUCCAAGAGAGAAAUGCAAAAAAGGAGUCUGAGUUGAAAUCUGCUUCAGUCCAGUUGAGAGUCCAGGAAACUCUGUUGAAUUCCAACAAGACUCAGCUGGCUGCAUCGCUGAGUGAGAAGAAGAAUUUGGAGAGUGAACUGUUUGAAGUCAAAGCUCAGCUUGCAAAAGCUAAUUCAGUUGUCCGUGAUACCAAAGCACAACUUCAAGAUGAAAUGUUACGAAGAUGUGACUUAGAAAACCAAACACAAACAUUGCAGGAGCAGUUAGCUUUCCAGGAAAGCCUCCACGAGAAGGAGAUUACAGAAUUCAAGAGAAAUAAAGACAGGCGUGAAGAAAUAGAGGUUGUUCGUCAGAUGGAAAAUAAGCGCAAACUAGCUGAAGUGCUUCAGGAGCUAAGGGGAGAUCAGUAUGAACAAAUCAAACAGUACAGGGAGCAACUGGAAAGAAACUUCAAUACUAAGCUCGAAAAUGCCCAGCUGGUAGCUGCAAAGAAUAGCGAUUUUGCCAGUGCUGCAAAGGAAGAGGUGGCAGAAGCUAAAAUGAGAUCUGACAGUCUACUGUCUGAGCUUCAGCAAUGCCGUCAUCAGAUUUCUGAACUGAAAGCUAAAGUUCAGGACACAGAGAUGACGUUGGAUCAUGAGCGGGCUGUCUGGCAACAGAGGAUGGAGGCCAAGGAGCAAGAAAUGGGGGAAAUGCGCAAGGAGGCACGGGAGAAGCUGGAAGAAUAUGAAGAACUGCUCGACGUGAAGCUGGCAUUGGACUUGGAGAUAAGUGCUUACAGGAAAAUGCUGGAGGGAGAGGAACAAAGGCUUGAUUUGACUCCCAGUUCAUUGCCACGGAGUGGGUUGUCUUCCUCAAGUGGUGUCACUUCAUUCCGUGGAACGAAAAGGAAAUUGUUCGAAACUGAGAUUGCCAGCUAUAAUUGUGAAAUAAAAGAACAUGUGUAUUCUAAAGGAAGAGUUAUUUUAGAAGAAAUUGACAAUGAAGGAAGAUUUGUCAAAUUAAGGAAUAUUUCCAAUAAGGAUCAACCAUUAAAAGGAUGGAUAUUAAGGAGAAAAUCUGAAAAGUUUCCAGAGAUUGCAUACAAGUUCCCUGCUCGUUUUACCCUUAAAGCCAAGCAAACAGUAACUAUCUGGGCUGCAAAUCAUGAUAGUGCCUCAUGUUCGUCAGUAGAUUUAGUGUGGAAGGACCAGAGAUCCUGGGGAACAGGAGAUGACGUGAGAGUGGUUCUUCUCAGUGCUAAUGGAGUGGAGAUGUCUACACGGACUAUAGUGCAAAUUCCGGGAACACCAGAAAGUAAACCUAGGGAAGAGGAGUAUGAAGGUACCGCUGAGGACAAAAGUCAGUUUGAGUAUAGUCCAACGAGACAUGCUGGGAAUGAAGAUCCAGGGUGUGCUAUAAUGUAAUGUCAGAGAGAAGUCCUUCAGAAGAUGAAUAUAAUUGUGAUACAUCUUUUUUUUAAUGAUUAUUGAAUGUAAUAUGUACUUGGAAUAUUGAAAUAUUUGUUUCAGAAAGAAUGCAUUUGAUUUUAGAAACUGCUCAUUAGGAGUGGCUCUUUAAGUGAAAUAAACUUGUCAUCAAAUGGUUUCUGUUGAUUCAGUGCCAUACAAUUAUAAACAUCCAUUGUUUUUAACAUACUUUUUGAAACGACAAGAACUCAUUAAUUGAGUCGGCUACUAUUGUUAAAUGUUUCACUUCAAAAAAAAAAUUACUUAAUUUACACUCCUGUUCUUAGUUUUGAAGAGCACUCAUUUCUUAUAGAAGAUAACAGCAGUGUGUUUUGGAUACCUUGAUUUGAAACUUCAUAAUCCAAAGCUGAUUCAAUUACAGUACAGGCUUGGAGAAGAGCCAACCCUGCAACUUCAAUCUAAAUUGUUUCUGCUUAAUAUAAACUGUCAAUCUUUUCAGUUCAGAAACUAGAGAAAUGAAUCUCUCCGAGUAAAUGCCCCUUCAGCAAGAUGUUUUCUUUAAUGAGCUCCCAUUGCCUAGUAGAGUUUUGUUGAAAUACUGCUGAGUUUUCUUUACUUGAUUCAUUUAGGCAUCUGUAUAAAUGAAAACGAUACACAUGUGUAAUAAAAUGUUAAUUGCUUUAACAGAAACAUGAUAAACUCUGGAGAAAUUAUGCAGAAAUUCUUAACAUUUAAUAGAAGCAGCCUUUAAGCUUGUUUUGUCUCAGUAAUUUCAUUUUUGUUUGGGACAUUUAGAAGUUGCUUUAGAUGUGUGCUACACAUUCUUCUGUUAAAUUAUUUAUCUCUCAAUAUUAUCAAAAUUUAUUGCAAUAAUUUUUUUUUAAUGCUGCUUGGCUAGAAGUUACUACUUUGUCUGUAGUGCUAAUAAUCAUUGUAUGGUAGUGCCAGCUCAGUGUUCUUUAUCUCUGAGAUCCAUUCCAUUGAAGUCAAUGUCAGAGGCAGAAUACAAUUCGAUGAGACCUCCACUUAGCCUGUUUCAUUUAUCGGUGGGGAUAAAUGUGUAAGUGCAAGUGUUUCAUUUUCAUCUAGUUCUUAAAUUUGUUUGCUUGUCUGUUUACUCUUUGGAACUUUACUUUCUUUUUCUUCUUUGCCCCUUGCCUUCCUCCCAAAUACAAGUGAAAGAGAACCUUGGUUGUAUAAAUCUGUUUUUACUGCUAUUCUGAUUUAAGGUUAGAAUCUAAUAUUUUGAUAAUUUUAUUUCUAAGAAUAAAUCAUAUCAAUUACAUUUUUAUGGUGUAUUCAACACCUGACUGCCAUUUAUGAGAAAAUGCUGACUUGAAAUUUAAAACUAUAAAUAAAUAUCUUUGCAGUUGU